UAUUAAUGUUUGUAGAUUGAAGUUGAUAGCACAACAGUUUUUUCCACCAUUUAGCAGGUAUGAGAUCUGUGUAAACAAAUAACCGAAUCAACGGCAUUUUCAAUAAUUAUUAACGUUGGAAGAAUAUAAAAAAUUACGAUUUGUUUAUUCUGGGUAGUAGAAAAUUGUGAAAGUAUUUUAAAACUUGCAGUUAAGGGAUUGCUGAUGACUGAAAAACAGCUGGAAAUUUUCAUCAUUAAUGAAUGGAAAGUUUUAUUAAUUAAGAAAUAUGGAAAAAAUUGAUUUUAAUGCUAUUCCGGCAAAGGUUCUGAACCAUUCAUGCCGUCUCCACUUGGGGAAAUUGCUAAAUCCUGAAAUGAAAAUACUUUCCAGCAAUAACUAUGCUCGGGAUUAUCGUGGACUUGCUGAACAAAUGCAGUUUAGUUUUGAUGACAUCAGAAAUUUUCAAAGGCAAGGAGAUCCUACCAUGAAAAUUUUGGAGGAGUGGACUGUACAACCUGAUGCAACAAUUGGUAAAUUAAUUCAGUUCCUGGAAAACAUGGGACGACAUGAUGUCAUUCAAGAUCUUGAACAACGUUUUGAAAACGAUGCAAAAGUAUAUUUGCAAAACUUGGAAAGAGAGAAGGAAAGUCCAUUGCAAGUACCUGAAGUGUCAUCUUGUCCUUAUCAAAGUUCUCAGAUGAAUGAAUUGAAUAUAUUAACUCGUGAAGAUGCUUUUACUGGAGAACCUACCUAUUAUGAUGCUUACAUUUCAUAUGCUCAUGAAGAUUUUGAGUUUGUUUACAAUCUAGUUGGAUAUUUAGAAGCUAAUGGGUUUAAACUGUUUAUUCGGUCAAGAGAUCUUCUUGCUGGGCAUUUUGAAUAUGAAACAGAUAUGCAGUUGAUCCAGGAAAGAUGUAAACGAGUUUUGAUUGUAUUAACUCCAAACUUUAUCAAGUGCCCUGCUUGUGAAGUUCAGGCAAAGUUUGCUGCUAGCUUGGGUUUUGCUGAGAGGUAUCGUAAGAUUAUACCUAUCUUAUGGAAGCCAUGUAAUAUACCUAUGUCAUUAAGAUUUGUUUCAAAAAUUGAUUUUACGAAACCUGGUAUCCAAGAUUGGAUAUGGGAGACUCUUAAGUCUUCUUUACGUGAUUUCCCAUCACUUGGUGGUUUUAUACCAUCGGAAAAGUGGGAAGUUCAAAGAAAAACAGGAUUACCUCAACUUGAGUCAUCUUCACCUGAUACUAGCAAUCCUGCUAUAACUUUCCCAUCAACAGCCUCAUACUCUUUGAAUUCUGAUACAUCUUUGAGUCCCUGCACAUCAUCAGUUGAACUAGUUCAGGAUGAAAAUUUAAACGAUACCAUUGCAACCAAUGUAAAAGGCUCAGUCACUUCAAAACAGAAGAACAAAUUGUUUAGUUUUUUUCAUAACAAAAAAUUUGCCAAGAAAGGGGACGCCGAUUUUUCUUCUGCAUCAAUUUCGUCGUCUUCAAAUGCCACGAGUGGAUUUCACAGCCAGAGUGGCAGUGGUCUUUCAGAUGACCAUGAUGAAGAUACUCAUGUGUAAUAUCAAAAUGUAGUUUAAAAUUAACUGCGGUUUAUAUCACAAUUAUGCUAUAUUAUUUUUUGCAUUUUUAAUGUAAUCACAAAUUAUUUAUGUAUAUUUUAUAUAAAGAAGACCCUUAAUGCAUUCCUUAAGACUGAUAUUUAUGCAAGUUGAUAUCUUUAACAAGAAUAAGCUUUAAAAAAAACGAUGCAGUAUUUAAUUUGAUUGUAUCGUUUUUCUUAAAAGAUUUGGAAUUUCUUUUCAAAAUGAGCUGAGAAAGUAUUUAAUGUUGUAUUAAAAUGUUUGAAAAAUUGCUACAAUUAUUUUGAAUUUUUUCUUUAAAUUCAUAUUACUAUGAAUUUUCUUUUAUGAUUUACAAUUAUCUUGUUAGAAGAUUUCUGUAAUAGUACAAUUCUCAAACAUUUUACUAUGACAAUCUCUUUUCCCCGUAAAUUUUUGUAAAAUAUUUUAUGCACAAAAUGGGUUCCCCCCCCCCCCACUUUUAGUCAUAAAUAGUAUUCAAAAUUUUUUAUUAAUUCUGUUAUAUGGCAUAUGAAGCUAGAACCCCUUAUCGGAGAUGUUUUAGUGUAGUUUGAACUAACAGACUUUUCAAUUAAAGAACCGAUUCAGACAUUUUUCCUACAAUUUUUUAAAAUUCUAUGCUUCAUUCUUAAAAAAUGGUAAAUGUAAGAUUGUAUAUUGCAGAAGCAUGAUAAAUUAAGAUAUGUAGUUUUUAAUUUUUGAUUUUUUUUUAGAGAUAAACUGCUCGUUUUUAAAGGGGAUAGUUAGUGAUAAAGUGAGAGUAGAAGUGUCGUUCUAAGAUGUUAUAUAUAUUUGUUAAUAUAUCUUUAGUAUGAAAUGUAUCUGUGAUGUGGGCAUUUUAAAAAGGCCAAAGGAUUUUUGUAAAUAAACGGAAAUAAUAAUAAUUAUAUGAAGAUAAAUCUUGAAAGAAUUGCAUCUUUUGAAUACCACUGUGAUAAUAGAAUUGGAAAAAAAAAUAUUGUCCUUGGCAUGUGGUGUGACUAAAAUUUAUUUAUGUGACCUCAGAAUUUUGUGAGGAACAUUCAUUAGAAUUUUUUUAAGAAUACAUACCAAAUGUUACAGGAUUUGCUGACAUGUUGUGUUGACAAAGAAUUUCUGUACAUGGCAUUGAUUUGUUUUUACUUUGGAUUUUAAUAUGUACAGAAUGUAUAUUUUAUUUUGCUAUUCAACUGUAAAAGUUUUGUCUUUCCCUUGAGACUGAUUUUUUUUAAAGUUAUGGAAUUGAAUUUAAAAAUCAUUUUAAUCCUUUAUCAUUAUUUUGUUCUUCAGAAUUGAAUUAAUGAACCUGAAAAAAGGUUCCGUUUAAAUUGAUAUGUUUUUGCUUGCUUUAAUUAGUCAUUUUGUGAAAUAUUUUCUUUUAUUAGUGUAAGUAGUUCUGUAUUCAAAAUGUGUUUCGAUAUUUCUGUCUACAGUUUUGUAAAAUUUCACUUUUUAAAGCCUGUAAUAUUAGUUAAUUUUAUUGUCAUGCGAACUAUACUAUUUAAUGUAAGCAGAGUGCAUUUAGUAGCUACUUCAGAAUGUUAUUAUUAUUAUAUUUUUCUUUAGUAUACCCUUAAAGAGUUCUUACCUGCUAUUUUUACUUUUAUUUGUACUUUGAAACAAAAUAUACCUAAUAAAGUUUUUAAUUUUUGGUGAUUUUUUUAAAUUAAAUUCUUGCUUUUAUUUAAAACAUUCUGUGUAUUUUUCAAAACGCUCUUUAUAUGCAUCCAAAACUUGAAUACAGUUAGAAGUUUUUUUUUUAAUUCAGUAUUUUUAAGUUUUGCAGUUUCUUUAGAAAAUGACCAUAUUGAAAAUUAUAUUUAUUUCUGUUCGUAUUAUCAUCCUUUUGAAAAAUGUCCAGUUAAUUAUUAUCUGCAUCUCUUAUGCUAAAAAGAUAUGUUUUGCAUGGCUUAUUGUUAAAUGCCUUUAAAAGUGAAAAUAUUUGUACUUCAUUCACCAAGUUUGACUUAGUAUUUGAAGUAAGUGUGGAUUGUCAAGGACAUUUUUUAUUAUUAUUAUUUUGUCAUUUACCAAUGAAUUUCCGGCGCAAAAAAUUAAACCUUCAGUUAUUUUCUUGAAAGACAGAUGCAUGACGAUGUAAAAAAAGAAACUGCUAAAAUUUGAAUCUUAUUAAAGAUUAUUAUAUUGCUACUAUUCUCUAAUUAUUAAAUUGAGGCCUUAAAUCUUUCUUAGUCUUAUUUAUUAAUUGUUGUGACGAAUAUUAAAGUUUAUUUUAAAGUUAUUUGUUAUUUUACAUUGUUGAUGUAAAAAAAAGUAAUACUUAAACUUUUUUUGUGGUAUUAAUAGUUUUAAUUGAUUUAUCUUUGUCUUAUUUUCAUGAUAAGCUCUUGGAAUAUUUUAUAAUUGAUUUGUUUUAAAUUCGUAUGUUUUUUUAUAUGUAACAAAUGUAUUGCAUUUUGUCUCUCUAUUUCUAUAGCCAGCUGCUGAAAGAAUGUCAGAGAAGGUUUUUAACAUUUGCAUUUAUUUGUUAAUCUUUUUCUUGUUUUAUGGCUUGCUUUAUUAUUAUUGUUGUUAUUAUUUGUUUCUUUGGUCAUGUGUAACAUAAUUUGUUCGUCCUUUCUUCAUUAUCCUUAGUAUGCAUUUUUGUUACAGAAUGUCACAAAAUCAAAGUUUGCUAUUAUUAUUAAAUAGUGCAAUGUUUUUCAUGAUUGUUUGAUUCUGCAUGGAAAUUUUAAUAUGCUUUAUUCUAUGUCUAAGUUUAAAGAUUUAAAAAAAUAAACGCAUUUCUAGAUUUUUAAAUAUUUUUUAUUUGUUUGUGAUGAAAUGAUGGUGUAGAUCUUUCUUGCCUGGGAUUGAAUGUUAUUGCAAGUUUAUGCACCAGUUUUUACUGAAUUAUUGUAUGUAUUGAAUUUAUUUUACCCUGCCCUGUAAGUUUUGUUAGUAAUUAUAGCUAUAUUUCUUAUUGUUUGUGCUUUUCAUGAAAAUGUUUAGUUU